AUGCAGUCUACUUCUUCACCAGGGCAACCACCACCAGAUGUUCCUGGUUGGUCUCCAGGAGGGUCGCUAUGGGGCGGGCUCGGCCAUCUGCUGCGCCAUUCCUCUCCCUUAUCACAGCAACUCUCGCCAGAGGCGGCAGCAGAUACUGAAAGUUUUUUAAGGACACAGUGCAAACUCCUGAUCAUUGGCGCUGGUGGACUAGGUUGCGAGCUUCUGAAGAACGCCGCCCUCUCCGGUUUUCGCGAUAUUCAUGUCAUUGACCUCGACACAAUUGACCUCACAAACCUCAACCGACAAUUUCUUUUCAGAACAAAAGACGUAGGGGAACCAAAGGCAACUGUGGCUGCCGAUUUCGUAAAUAAUCGCAUCCCAGGUGCCAAUGUGACUCCGUAUCAUGCGAACAUCAUGGAUUUUGACAAGGACUUCUACAGGCAGUUCCACCUUGUCAUUGCAGGACUUGACUCCAUCGACGCCCGACGGUGGCUCAACGCUAUGCUUUAUAGUCUUGUUGAACGCGAUGACGAAGGAAAUCCCGUUCAAGAAACCAUUAUUCCGCUUAUCGAUGGUGGUACAGAAGGCUUUCAGGGACAAGCAAGGAUCAUUAUACCAUCCCUCUCUAGCUGCUUCGAGUGCACUUUAAGUCUCUUUCCCCCUGCUAAAAAUUUUCCGUUGUGUACAAUAGCAAACACACCACGACUACCGGAGCAUUGCAUCGAGUACGCUAAUGCUGUGCUAUGGGACAAGAUGAAGCCAUUUGGCAACAGUAAGCUGGAUACUGACAAACCGGAACAUACGAAUUGGCUUUUUGAGCAGGCCAAGGAACGUGCAGAUCACUUUGGUAUCAAAGGCGUAACAUACCGCCUCACGCAAGGGGUCGCGAAAAACAUCAUUCCAGCAGUUGCAUCUAGCAAUGCUAUUGUCGCUGCGGCCUGUGCAAAUGAGGCUGUGAAGAUGAUCACUAGCAUCGCAAACAACAUGGACAACUACAUGAUGUAUAAUGGCAGGUAUGGUGUUUAUACGUACACAUAUAGGAACGAAAAACGACCUGACUGUCCGGUUUGUGGCGCUCCUGCUCUCGUUAAGGUUACAGCGAAGGGCGAGUCGACUCUAGCAGAGUUCUUGGAGACGAUUGCCGGGCACCCUGAGCUUCGAUCCAGAAAGCCAUUCCUUCGAACGUCCACAGGCAAGACAUUGUACGCAGCUGCACCUGCCCAUCUUCGAAAAGCGACUGAGGGCAACUUGGAUAAGAAGCUGGAAGACCUUAUAAGUUCAAAUAUGGAACUAACACUGUCGGAUAAGGACUUACCUUUCAUCCGCACUGUUUAUGUCAGCUUCAUAUGA